AUGGGUCACGUCAAGCCUGAUCAUGUCAGCGACGAUGAAUUGGUUGAGAAUCCUGGAGAAAGAGCACAUGUGAGAUUCGCCUGUAAUGUGACCAUGAGCAACAUACUGCUCCAACAAGACUGCAAGAGCGAGCUGCUCACUCCACCUGGCGGCCAGACACUCGCGCGCGACUCGUGCGGUCUCGGUGCCGUGAACGAGGCGAGUGAGUCCAUCGUGAAAUGUGAGCACUGCUGGGAUAGACACACCGCGACAGAGGGCUGCAACACCGGCGCCACCUACAGCAUGCCCGAAGAGUCGUACUUGGUAAAGCACACGACCCUUAGUGAAUCGCUAACUUGUGAAGCGGCCACCUGGUGGGAUCGGCUACCUCUGGCAACGAAAACGCCACUGCAAGAUCCGGCUACUUGGCAACACGCCACCUGGCGAGUCGGUACUGAAAAACUGGCAGAGGCGCCACCUGGCGAGUCGUACGCGUGCGACAUCUGCGGACUCGCGUUCGUGCGUCUCGACGUGCUGCACGUGCACAUCGCGACGCACACGGGCGAGCGCGCGUACGCGUGCGACGUCUGCGGCGCCGCCUUCAUCAUCAACGGGCAUCUAAAGUCACAUCUGCGCAUACACACGGGAGAGAAACCGUACACCUGCCACGUGUGCGAGCAACGCAGUGCGACACAUUCCGACCUGAAGAAGCAUCUCAUGGUUCACACCGGCAAGAAACCAUUUGCGUGCGAUACUUGUGCAGCGACGUUCGCUCGCAAGCAGCAUCUUGUUUCGCACGAGCAAGUGCACACUGGGAAGAGACGGUACCAGUGCGACGUGUGUAAGCUGCGCAUUGCAUCUGUGUCGGACCUGCACAAGCACAUGCGCACUCAGCCGAUGAGCUAA